CAAAACGUCAAUCUGUAAAUGUAAAUGCGGAAUGCGAAUUUAUUUUUCAUUUAUGUUUACAACGUUAACCUUUCACUUCAAAACUAGGAAUUACGAGUAACAUUUUCGACUUCGAGGUGUUAAAAUAUCUCACUGUUUAUCCAAUAUACAGGUGUUUUAUUAUUUUGUCUGCAAGUAAAACCUUUAUCAGACAUCGAAUUCUAGGAGUGAAUCCAUUUAUAUUGCUUACGUACGUAAUGGCUAACCAGGAUAAGCCUAAUUCCGCGACAUCAACUGCUAAUCCAAGUGCUUCACAAGCUCUGCAGACUACAGAAGAAGAAAACCAAAAGUCUUGCUGGGUUUGUUUUGCAACAGAAUCGGACGAUAGACUGGCAGCUUGGGUGCAACCCUGCAAGUGCAUUGGCACUACGAAGUGGGUCCAUCAAAGCUGUUUACAACGCUGGGUUGAUGAGAAGCAACGGGGUAAUAUAUCGCGUAAAGUGCUGUGUCCUCAGUGCAAAGCAGAAUACAUUGUUGUAUUCCCCUCAAUGGGUACUUUCGUUGCCUUGCUGGAUGCUCUUGAGGAGAUUACACAUAAGAUCAGUCCGUUCAUAGCGGGUGGUGUGCUUCUCGGCUCUAUAUACUGGAUUGCUAUUACAUAUGGUGCGGUUACUGUUAUGCAGGUGGUGGGACAUAGAGAGGGUCUAGAGAUGAUGGAGUCAGCUGACCCACUUGUCUUGCUCGUCCUCCUGCCGACGAUACCCGUCACCUUGAUCAGUGCCAAGAUGUACAACUGGGAGGAUUCGGUACUUCUCUUCCUGAGGAAGUACUGUGCUAAGAUACCCGCUCUAGCAUACAUAUUGCCCUUUGGAAAUGUGGACAGCGAGAGAAGCGCAUUAGUGAGUGGUCAAACGACAAAUGCCAAUAAUUCAGAGACUCAUUUAUCUCCGACCAGAAUAUUUUGCUCCGCACUACUUUUACCCACCAUAUCUACGAUAAUAGGCAAACUAUUCUUCCGUUCUAUACAAAAUAAUCUUCACAGAACGAUUCUUGGUGGUUUAACUUAUAUAACGAUUAAAGGCGCGUUGAAAAUCUAUCAUAAACAAAUGCUCUAUAUCAGACAUUCGAGUAGGAAAAUACUCGAUUAUACAGAAUCGAAUCUUAAAUUAUACAGAGGAGCAACGAAUGUACAUAGUAAUGAGAAUAGAGACGAUACUGAACAAGUCGUUUGAUCGAUAAAAUAUCGAUUUUAAAUAUCGAUUAUCGAUAUUUUUAAUAUCGAUUUGAAUCAUGUAAA